AUGUAAUAAUAAUAAAUAAAAUUAAACUUAGCAUUUUAAUUAGGGUUUAUCCUAUUUGUGAGAGCUUUAUAAGUAAAUUGCAUUUGGUGGCUAAUUUAUUAAUAAAUUUAUUAAAAUGUUCUGUGGAUGAGCUACGUUCUUAUUUAUUUUUUAAUAGGAGCAACAGUUACUUUUAAGUAUUACGUUUAAAGAUUGAAUGUGCAAAAACUUGAGCUUAUUUUUGUACCUAUUUUGCAGAUUUUGUUUAUCGAAGAUAUUUAUUAUUUGAUUAGAUUUGAUAAAUUUUCUUAGUAUUUCAAGGGUGAUGACAAUGACGGAUGGUUUAUCAGAUACAUAAUUAUGAUUUGCUCAUUUAUUCCUUAAAUAAUACCAAUGCUAAUUAUGCUCGACUUAAAUAAAAAAGAAUGCUUAUUCAUUGUUCUGCCAAUUAUUUCUAUUGUUUAUCUCUGCUAUUUAGCUUAAAAUUAUAUUGUAAUUAAAGAAGUCGAAAUUUUUAAAAUAUAGAUGCUAAUUUCAUAUCCAAGAGUACUAAUUACCUCUAUUUAAUCCUUUACCUUUUCUGGUAUUUCUUUUUAACUAGGGUAGACACUUGAAAUAAGAUAUAUCUGGUUUACCAUUUUGAUAUUAGGCUAUAUUUUGAUUUUAGUGCAAAUUGUAAGAAUAUGUUAUCGCGCUGAAAGCAAAACUUUAGCAAUAUAUCAAAUGUUAAUUACAAUUAAGCUAAUAUUUGGUGUAAAUGUUGAUAAUCAAAAUGUAUACAUUAGUAAAUUAGCUACUAGGAUAAGAACCUACUUAAUUGACAUGGAUAAUGAAUGUCUUGUAUACUUUUCGUUUACCUCUAUUGCACAGCUUAUUUUAUUUAUAAUUUAAAAAAAUAACAAUAAUGAAUCUUUAAGUUCAGUAGUAGUAAUCCCUUGGUUAAUAGUGUUAUUUCUCUCAGUCAUCAUGUAUACUUACAACUUUUCUAAAAAUAUUGUCUACGAUAACUUGUUUGGUAAGGAAACUAUUUGUAUCACUUCUUUUAAAUAGUUGAGGAGAUGUCUCAGUUUACAAAAUAGCUAAAAUUUCUAAAAAACUAAAGUUAUUUUAUUAAACAUUAAAAAAAAUAAAAGUAAAAUUCAUUUAGCAAUCCAAAAUUGUCUGCUGAGCGAAUUUAAAGGGUGUUAGAUUAUAGACAUAAAUAACAAAUUUAAGAGAAAAGAUCUAGUUGCAAAUCUUUUUUAAUAAGUUAGAUUGAAUUAUGAAUUUAAAUUUAAUCUAGAAGAAUUUGAGAAGCAUCUCAAUGAAAACAAAAUUGUAAAAGAAAUAAUAAAAAUAAAAUUUAAUUAGAUAGACGAUAAAACAUACAUAAGAUUGGUUAAUCUCCUCUUACAAAAAAAUCUGAUUAUUAAAAUAGAAUGUAAAAAUAGCUAUUUUGAAAGCUAAAGGCGUAAUCAAAUCAAAAUCAUUCAUUAAAAUUAUUUAAACUUAUACUAUAAUGUGACUUUAAAUAAUUAAAUUGCAUUUUAUAAAUAUUAUGCAGAGUUUAUUCCACUCAAUCCAGCCCUUGUUAUAUAUGAUUUAUUAUGUGAAUGA